CUUUGAUUGUUUCCUUGGAGAAUACAAAUCUCAUUUCCGACCUUUUUGUGCCUUGUCGUUGAGCGUUCAUAUUAUUUGAUUUUUGUCCUGGAACCAUUUUAUCUUAUUCCUACUUUUGAUAUACAUAUACCAUCUGGCCUGGUUUAUUCACGUCUGGAAUUAAGAGGGCUGAUUUCGCUAAAAUCUUCCUUGUCUUUUUAUUAAAACAUGUCGAGCAACGGAUCAAGUCCUCAUUCCACUCCAGCAGAGACCGAUUGUCUCGUUUGUGGGUCAGGAAAGUCUCUCACAAAGAAUCCUAUCCUUUUUUGUGAUGGCCCUGAUUGUGAUAUACCGGUGCACCAAAAGUGUUACGGUAUCGAGGUUGUUCCAGAAGGCAAUUGGUACUGCCAGAGAUGUGAGGAUCAUAUUCCUGUAGCCAACACGCCAAGUUGUUGUUGUCCACAACGUACAGGGGCAUUCAAACGCACCACAGCUCCCAACCAAUACAUCCAUGUUGCAUGUGCACGCGCUCACCCAAGCUUAAACGACAACGAGGACCCCAUCACCUUUAACUCAUCCUUGGCUCAAAAGCAAAUCUGUUGUCUCUGCAAAUCUGAUUUUGGUAUAUGCUCCGUGUGCAGCAUCGAUAAUUGCCUCAGAGCCAUGCAUGUUACCUGCGCACAGAAAGAAGACCUUAUGACCAAGGGCAAAAACAACAGUUUAUACUGUGAUAUUCACAGGGAUAUUGGUGCAUUAAACAGAAUUCUUAAGAAGACGCAGGCGCAGCAGAAUCAAGUCUCCAAGUCGGAUUCGGCUUAUCAUCGCUUAACUAAGCGCAGUAAAUCAUAUCGAGAGUUGUCAACAGAUGAUGAGAAUGAUGACGAGGAUGAUGGUGAUGGGGAUCAUGAGGCUGAAGACGACGAAGAGUCAUCAAUCUCAGAUAACGAGAUGCUGGAUCCAACCGCGGAAUAUGGAUCGGAAGAUGAUCGUCGCCGCAGCAAUAACAGCAAGUCAAAUGCGUCCUCAAGUUCUUCUUCAACAGCAGGCUCUAGAAGCCAUUCUAAGAAUAAGCGCUCGGUAGAUACAACUGAGCGGCGGCGGAGGGAGAGGAACUCUGAUUCUGAAGAGAUUGAUGUAGAUGAUUCGGAAGCAGUCUUGGGCAGCUCAACUAGCAUAUCUGGUGGUGGGUCCAUGGGGCAACGAAAAAAAGUGAAGAGCGUCAGCAAAGCACCCAAGGAGUCCGCGGCUGAGUCGCAGCGACGGAGGCUAUUAAUGACCCUAGAUAAGAACAAGAGGAGGCAGAACUCUACUGGCAAUAGCAUUAACAAUCUUACCAACCUGAGCAAUAUGCCCAUCCGUACUUUGGGAGGCCUUGGAGUGACUGCAUCUAAUUCUAUACUCGGUAGCGCCUCUGGUAAUAGUGAAGUCAAACAAAAGCUACCAGGGAUAAGCCGGUACAACAGCAACAAUUCAACCAUCAACGAUAAUCCAUCUAGCAACCUUUUUACAUCUGCUAGUAGCCCAUCACCCUCAAUUGGAUCCAUGGAUCGGUUUGGUGGUAGCGGUUACAGUCAGAGUAAUGGGCGUGGAACAAAUCCUAAUGAUGGCUCUGCAAGGAACCCCAAAAGUCUGACCUUCGAUCUUCACUCUGGAAUCGAUGCAUCCAGUCUCAAAGCAUCUAGUUCCCAUCAAGGAUCAACAUCUUCAGGCUCUAUCGCCCUCAACACUGGAUCGCCUGUUCACAAUCGCCUGAACGACAAACAGCAGCAAUCACCCAAAUCAGCCCCCCUUCCACUACUUGACGAUUCUAAGGAUCUGCAGACAAUCGUGCGAAAUCUGCAAGCCAAGUUGGCCAACCAGGAAGGUAUUAUUCAAGCAAUGUCAACGCAAAAUCAACAAUUACAGCAACAACUGGCUGGAAGCAAUAGCAGUGGAACCCUUGCUUUAGCAGGAUCAAGUGGAUCGAACUCAAAUAUGAAUAGUACACACGUUGCUGGAGCACCAGGCCAGGAUUUACAAUAUAGAUUCGAUAAGCUGCAACAUGUACACGCAGAAGAAAAAAUGCGCAACUUGAUGCUACGGAAAAAUCUUCGAGAUCUUUUUGGGUUUUUGCAGGUGCCUGUAGUUUCCACAGGAGGUGAAGGUGGUGAGAGCACUAACGUACUUUUGGAGUGGAAUCCUGAGAAAUUGGACGAGUACGUUCAGGCAUUAAGGGAUUCUGUGGUCGGAACAGAACCUAUUCGAUCUACUCUUGAUGUCAAGCGACGAGAUAUAGUUGUAGACAGAGUUUUGAAAGAGAUUAACAAUAACUAAAUUACCCGUCUAGAGCAUACCCUGUAGAAUACAUUUGUAUUACUUUAUUUAUUAGUCCGCAUAUUGCAUUUCGCAUUCUGUUUAUAUUGCACUCAACUUUUUUAUAAUACAGAUCUAAAAUAAAAGGUGCAAGAGUAGUUUUUUUUUUUUUUUUUUUUUUUUUUUU